GGGAGGGGGGCUCACUCAACUAGGCGUCCAGCCUUCCGACCCCUGCUGACCAAGAACUCAGGGGCUGGUCCCCAGUGUGCCACGCCUCUUGGGUUGCAUUUCAGGGAUGCCAGAGGCCAUGACUCCUUUGUCAGAGCUGACACCUCCUCACCUGACCCCUCUGGGAGAGACAGGACUGCCCUCUCCCAAAUAAGCCGUGCCUGGGCCCUGAGAACCUGGGCUUUCCCUUCCUGGCCUGUGUUAUGAAGUUGCCAUGCGUUGCUGGGCAAGCACUCCCUUCCGGGUUCCCUCCCUUGUUGAGGGGGGUUUCCCAGACCUGGCUAACCUGAUCCUCACUCUGUGCGUGUGGGUGAGGGGUAGGAGGGCAGGGAGUUAGAACGUCGAACCCAGGACCGGCAGGGCCAGGGUGCUGAUACCCUCGGAUUCUGCUUAGGGCCCCUCUGAAGUCUGAGGUUUUUCCUGGGCCUGUGGGAGAUGGGCGGGGCCUCCUCAGGCCAGGCUCCAGUUUCCUUGGAAACCCACAGGCUUCCCACCCUAGUCGGCCUGGGCAGGCUCCCAGCUGGGGCCUCAUUUGCAGUUAGCUUCUCCUCCCCCAUUUAGUCUGCUCCAACCCGGCCUCUUUUGGUCCCCUCCCGGGGUCCCCAAGCCGAGCCUCUGGCCUCCUCUACCAGCCUCUGAUGCCUUCUUCAGACACCUGGGCCUCUCCUGCCCCAUCCCUCAUCAGCUUCUCAGCAAGCGGCCUCCCAAACCCCCGCCCCUCCCUCUCUGGCCUUUCUCGUCUCUUUACCAACUGUCAGGCCUGGCCAGGCCUCCUGCUCCUUCCCACCUACUGCCUCCCACAGACUGACCUACAACAGGCCUGCUAGGCUAUUUCACUCACGCCCCUGCCCCGCCCACCCAUGGAGACCCCUGGACUGGUGCAUGGGGGAGCUGAGUGCUUUUCCAAAGCCCUCGGAAGCCUCGUCAACAAUCGCCUGUACAGUGAUGUUCGCUUUGUGGUCGGUCAAGAACGGCAGGAGGUGUUUGCCCACCGGUGCUUGCUGGCCUGUAGAUGCAACUUUUUCCAGCGACUUCUGGGCCCAGAGCCAGGCCCUGGGGUGCCUAGCCCUGUGGUGCUAAGCACCAUACCAGCGGAGGCCUUCCUGGCAGUGCUGGAGUUCUUGUACACCAACAGUGUCAAGCUGCACCGCCAUUCUGUGCUGGAGGUGCUGACAGCAGCGGUGGAGUAUGGGCUGGAGGAACUGAGAGAGCUAUGUCUGGGGUUUGUGGUGAAGGUGCUGGACGUGGAGCUGGUUUGUGAGGCCCUGCAGGUGGCUGUAACCUUUGGCCUGGGACCUUUGCAGGAGCGUUGCAUAACCUUCAUAGAGGCCCACAGCCAGGAAGCACUUCGGACCCGUGGCUUCCUGGAGCUGUCAGCGCCCGCGUUGCUGCUCCUGCUGCGCAGUGACAAGCUCUGCGUGGAUGAGGCUGAUCUGGUCCUGGCGGCCCGGAGCUGGGCACGCGUGGGAGCGGCGGUGCUGGAGAGGCCUGUGGCCGAGGUAGCAGCCCCAGUGGUGCGGGAGCUGAGAUUGGCCCUGCUGGCCCCGGCGGAGCUGAGUGCCCUGGAAGAGCAAAACCGGAGGGAGCCGCUCAUCCCGGUGGAGCAGAUCGUGGAGGCGUGGAAAUGCCACGCUCUGCGAAGAGGAGACACGGCCCGAGGUGCGUCGUGCCGCCGCCGGAGGGGCACCCUGCCCCGGGAGCAUCACCGCUUUCUGGACCUGCCCUUAAAGUGACCGAAGGCCAGGUCUCGCGAGGAAUGCUGGGCCUCUCCUAAACUACAUCUCCCGACAUGCUCGGCCCUCUGAGCCGGCUUCCGCUCCCACCAUGCUCGGCGAGCGGCGCGCGGGAAGCCCUUUUUUUGGGCGGGGCCGAGGAGGGGCGGGGAGGGCGCGGGUUUGCGCUGGGCCCCAAAUCGUCUUCCCUGGCGUCAUACCCUAACCCCACCCGGCCCUUGGGCACUCUCGCCCGCCCCAUUUACUCUGGCACUUCCCGGCUCAGCCCCUUCUUUCAUUCCAGACCUGCCUCCUGGAGGCCGCUUUGUAACUGCCCCACGGACACCUCAGACUGUUCAAAACCGAGCCUCCUCGUCUUUCCCGGUUCCGACCCCAUGUGUGGCCCAUGUCCGUGAGCGCCGAGCCCGCACCCGGGCCCCUGGCCUCCUCCUCCCCUCGCGACUGCUUCCGCCGCCUUCACAGGGACCAGGCCGCGGCAUGUGCCAGGCCCAAGUGUGCCUUCGGACCUAAGGGUUAUUUUAAGCUGCCCUUUCGUAGGGGAAGUUUAUAUUUAUAAAGGCAUCUCCAUGUGUAAGGGCGCCUCCCUCUGUACCAGGAGAAGGAUGACUCAUCACGAGAAGCUCGUCGGUGGAAAGGCGCCCCUGAGAGCCGACCGCCCUCACGCUCCCGGCCCCGCUUUUCCCCUCUUCGGCGGGAGGUGGAGUUUCAGUGGGUGUUUUAGGCCGCGCAGGGACUUCCUCAUUCUCCCUGGGCAUCUCCAUGUGCACACCAAGUGUUCACGUUAAUAAACUUGUUUUUCUCUUGUUAA